GGCAGUGAGCACAUCAAAAGCUCGGGGUGGAUGGUGGCGGUGAGAGGGAUGGUUUAAGGAACUAAUUUUUAAAAAUGAUCUUCUGUUGCAUAACUAAUUAAUCGGUCCGCGAGGCAAGGGGCUGGAAGACGUGUUAGGCAGCAGAGCCCGGGAGGGGGGAGGUAGGGGAGGAGUGCAGGGGCGGGAUCCAGCGUCGCCGCUUGAAUAGUCGCUGAGGUAGGGGAGCCAUCCUCCAGACCGGAGGAGCAGCGCCAUGUCCUCCGGGCUCCCGGCCCUCCUGCUGCACAUCUGGCUCUCCUGGACUCUCGGGAUCCAAGGCUUAGAGCCCCACAGCGUGAACGAUCCCGGGAACAUGUCCUUUGUGAAGGAGACGGUGGACAAGCUGUUGAAAGGCUACGACAUUCGCCUAAGACCCGACUUCGGAGGUCCUCCGGUCUGCGUGGGAAUGAACAUCGACAUCGCCAGCAUCGACAUGGUUUCUGAAGUCAACAUGGACUACACCUUAACCAUGUAUUUCCAACAAUAUUGGAGAGACAAGAGGCUUGCCUAUUCGGGGAUCCCUCUCAACCUCACAUUGGACAAUCGAGUGGCUGACCAGCUCUGGGUGCCUGACACAUACUUUUUAAAUGACAAAAAGUCAUUUGUGCAUGGGGUGACGGUGAAGAACCGCAUGAUCCGCCUACACCCCGACGGGACAGUGCUCUACGGGCUCAGAAUCACGACUACAGCAGCAUGCAUGAUGGACCUAAGGAGGUACCCGCUGGACGAGCAGAAUUGCACUCUGGAGAUCGAAAGUUAUGGCUACACCACGGAUGACAUUGAGUUUUACUGGAGAGGUGGGGACAAGGCUGUCACCGGAGUGGAAAGGAUCGAGCUCCCGCAAUUCUCCAUCGUGGAACACCGCCUCGUCUCAAGAAAUGUUGUCUUUGCCACAGGUGCCUAUCCUCGACUUUCACUGAGCUUUCGGUUAAAGAGAAACAUUGGAUACUUCAUCCUUCAGACUUACAUGCCCUCUAUACUGAUCACGAUUCUAUCCUGGGUGUCCUUCUGGAUCAAUUAUGAUGCAUCUGCUGCUAGAGUUGCCCUCGGGAUCACAACUGUGCUGACAAUGACGACCAUCAACACGCACCUUCGGGAGACGUUGCCCAAAAUCCCCUACGUCAAAGCCAUUGACAUGUACCUCAUGGGCUGCUUCGUCUUUGUGUUCCUGGCCCUUCUGGAGUAUGCCUUUGUCAACUACAUUUUUUUUGGAAGAGGCCCUCAGAGGCAGAAGAAGCUUGCAGAAAAGACAGCCAAGGCAAAGAAUGACCGUUCAAAGAGUGAGGGCAACCGGGUGGAUGCUCAUGGAAAUAUUCUGUUAACAUCGUUGGAGGUUCACAAUGAAAUGAACGAGGUCACAGGUGGUGUUGGUGAUACUAGAAAUUCAGCAAUAUCCUUUGACAACUCAGGAAUCCAGUACAGGAAACAAAGCGUGCCUCGCGAAGGCCAUGGGCGACACAUGGGGGACAGAAGCAUCCCGCACAAGAAGACCCAUCUACGGAGGAGGUCUUCACAGCUCAAAAUAAAAAUCCCUGAUCUAACCGAUGUGAAUGCCAUAGACAGAUGGUCCAGGAUCGUGUUUCCAUUCACUUUUUCUCUUUUCAACUUAGUUUACUGGCUGUACUAUGUUAACUGAGUGACUGUACUUGAUUUUUCAGAGACUUAAUUUAACACUGAGUGAAAUAUUACUCUGCCUGUCAAGUUUUUAUACCUGUACACACACACACACUCACACACGCAGACACACACAUAUAUACAUACGCAAUUGUAUAUAUAUGUGAACUUUCUCAGCAUAUAUAUAUAUAAAAUACACGUGUAUAUGAGGAUGUAUAUGUAUAUGUUUAUACACACAGGUGUAAAUGCCCAUGUGUAUGUAAAACAAAUACACAUACAUAUAUACAUUUUGCAGCUAUGGACAAUUUAACACAGAAUGCAUAUUAAAGAAAGUCAUAGUUUUUUUUUUCUUUUUUAAUUGGAAGGGACAAGUAUCAUCUAAAUAUUAUGCCUUGAGAAUGAGGGUGUAAAACACAAUAUCAUCCCAAAAUGUGUCUUUUCUUAUGAUAAAUUAGAUGUUUUAGUUUAAAAUUCAGAAAGAAAUCAUUAGUUACUCUUCAAAAACUCAUACAGUGGUAUUGCUAGUUUAAAAUGAUUCACACACUUCAUAUCCUCUCUUUCAGUUUAAUAAGCGGAGACUUUUUGGCUUUUUUGGUGAAGGGGUAUUUUUCAUCAGGCAUACUUUUCCUGUGACCGCUCAUUGGAUGAGGUGAGUUGCUGGCAAAGAGCUCACCUGUUAUCUGAAGCAUAGGUAGAUCCCAUGUUGAUGUCUAAACAUUCAUCUUUGAGAACCCAUCGGGAGUGAACUGCAUCUCAUUGUAAGUACGCUAAUGCGCAGUGUAUUUGUUUGUUUGCUUACUUGGAGUAGAUUCAGUUUACCUGUCAUGUGGGAAAAUAGUAGCACAUUUUCGCAAUGUUUAGUUGAUGUUUCAGUCACAGGAAGCGUGCUCUCCGUCUCGUAUGGGUGUUUAGGCCUGAUAUCUAAUGGAAAGCAUAGGCAUCUCAGGUUAUUUGUUACUCCAAGGUAAAACCAUCUAGGAUGACUUCCCCCUUGCAUAUACAUUAUCAAGCAUUCUUACAUCACCAUAUGUUACUAUAAAAUAUAUUUGCAUAAUAUGCAUAUAUAUGUAUAUUUACCAAGAUUAUUUCUUAUGCUUGCUCUCAUGGCAGCAUGCAAUGUCAUAUUUUUCUUUAUGCAACAGAAUUAUUUUCUGUUACCUAGAGUUAAGAUUGAAGCUAAGACACUUCUACUAUUCAAUUUUCAAAACCAAGAGACAUCCUCAUGCCUUUAUUUCUGUAUCUGAAACAUGCCAUAAGCACAUCCAACUCUGCCUAGACUCACUAGGACGCUGCAGGAACAUGACCAAUACACACCAUGCAUCACCCCGUGACCCACUGACCGUGCUCUUGAGGCAAAGGAGAGCCACUGACAAUAGACACGGUCAUGUCUGGUUCCUUCUGAUCCACAGCCUCAUCAGUAUUUGGACUUUUUAAAGCUCGUAGAAACAAGACAAGGUGCACUGGUUUCAUAGACGCAACCUUAACUUAAUAUUUAGAUGAGAUCUUUCUAAAGAAAAAAAAGAGAUGAUAUAUUUUUUGUAAACAAUAUUUCUAUCACAGGCAUCCAUAAACUGAAAUGACUACAGUUGUGCAAACAAGUGUCACAGUGAAGUAAGCAUUUGGAGGGAAAAAAGUAAAAUACGCAGGAAAGAACUGCUAAAUUAAUAUUUUAUCUCAAAAUACCACAUAUGCCUCCCCCUCUCUGUUCUGUCCAAAGCCAAUGACAGAGUCUAGUGCGACACUUUCAGGGAGGGUGCCGUCUGCCCCACGUGGCAGACACAGCCCUCCCAGAGGAUGCUGUGGGUGUGGACGAUCACCAUGAGCUGACUACCAUUCAGUGUUUCUUUGGUGAUCAUAAUAGCCAUUUAUUUGUGGGAGUUAUAACAAUUCAAGACCCAUCAUCAGGCUAAACAUAAUCCACAAAAUACCCUUUUCCUGCCUUCAUUCCCGUCUUUCUUCAAAGUCUUCUAAGCGCUGCUCUCCGGUUUCAUUUUUUGCUGGAGACUAGCCAGUGAUUUGCUUGUCUUUGGCUUUUCUCUGACAUUUUUUUUUGUGAGUAACAGUGGGGGAUCCUAAAAGUUAAACUGAUUGAUUGGGAGAAACCUUGUAAGUGGCCUUAUCAUUGUUAACAUGUCAAAGAAAAACAGACAUUUGUGAAGACCUUAUCCCUUUCAAUACUUCAGGUAUCUUUUUCUGUAUCCAGUGAUUCAAGGUGUGAGCUCCACUUGCAGAAGAGGGACCCAAAAAUGCAAAUGGACAAGAGCAGUGAAUGGACAGUCUAAGUGUGAAGUUUAUACUAUUCAGAACUGUGACAUUAAUUCUUUCUGGGAGACAAGUGACUCAAAAACUGUUUUGAUGCAUAGUUGAGGUACCCAAAUAUCAAAGGCAGAGACCCCAUGGGACUCAGAAGAACUGCAGUUCUACUUUCCAAGGUUUUCUGGAUAUAAAUUUGCAUGGUAUAGUCAUAAUAGCUUUUGAGCUUUUUAUAUGCAUUUGGCACCAAGACUGGGAUACACAACUUUGUAGACACUGCAAUGAAGUUAACAUAAUAGCUAUUCUAUAAAUAGUGUUUGUAACUACACACACACAUACACGCACAUGCACACACACAAAUACAUACAUAUAUUCUGUAAAAAAAAAAAAAAUCUUUUUAAGAUCCUUGGGUGUGUGUUUGCUUUACUCCGUUUGAGAAGAAAACUACUCUUCUUCUAAUAAAAUUAUUUUCUAGCUUCUCCAUUUUUAAAAGUUGUGAACAGUAUUGAGAAGCAGAACUUCUGACUCUGCUACCAGAGGAGAAUUGAGCUUGGUUCCCUGUUUUGUUAAAAAAAUGACCUCUCAUUACUCCACAGUAGUUACUUGAGCCAAGGAGUGAGCCGUACUGACGAGUCCUGAAACCGACCUCAGACGUUAAGAUGGGGUGGCUGUUACCCACAUCCAGAACUCUUAAUAAGGAGAGAAAGAUUUAAUUUGGGAUAUUAUGGGAUUUUGUUCUCAACAUCUGGAAGUAAUAAAAAGUUAAUUUUCUAAGUAGUUCUGUCUUUCCAAAAUGCUUCACAAGGGUUCAUAUGUACAGAAGAAUCUUGUUAGGACACAGAAUGUUAUUACCCAUCUUCAGAUAGACGAGGUAAUUCAAGAGCUCAGCUACAUAAAUCACACAGAGAAAGACUUAUAAGACUCUAGUAAUCUUUAAAAUAAGUGUUAUUCCUGUUCACAAACCCCAGGACUAUAGAGGGGUUCCACUGUCUGUACCAUGAGGCAUUCACUUCCCUGAAUCCAAAAUCCAAAAGAAGUAUGUCAUGAUGAUAUCCCUUAGGUUUGAAAAUUACAGGCACUUCUGCAAUAUCAUGUUUUAAUGCCAGCAUCCAGGACUUUUCAUGUGUUCAGUCAUUCACAUCAAAGGCCUUUCUCUCCAGUUCAACCAUGAAUCAAUGUUUUCACCAAGGAGAUAGCCUCAGAGAUGAUGCCAAAAAGCCUGGGACUAGUUUUAAGGGGACAGGCACAUUGCAGCUGUAGAUGUCCCUUUUCCGCAUCUAGUAGAUAAACUCGUUGGUGUUUGUCCCACAGUAGUGUGGUUUAAAAAGAAAAUGUGUCCCACUUUGAAUCUCCUGGCUUAAAAAUAUAAACCGUUUCAUAGUUCUUAUUUUUGCUCUCCACCUGAAAACCAGCUCAUAUUUCUGGCCAUUUUGUGUAAGCAAAACUGAACAAUUGGUAAAAUAUUUUGUUGCUCUUGGAAUCGAUUCUGGCUCUUAGUGUGAGCCAUCAGUCUGAGUAAAACUGGAUGUUGGGGAAAAGAGCUGCCCAGGUGAAUUAAAUUUUCCCAGAACACUAGCUAGCGUGCCUUGGAUUGAUUACCUCUUCUACUGCGUUGAAAGGUGCCAUGUUUUCUGGAAAUACUCAAUUCCCAACACCUGGGUAAACAGUGACCUCCCAGAGAGUGGCUCACAAUACCAUGCCUCUCCACAGGGCCAGCCCAUUGAUGUGUCUGGUUAUUCGCAGCUCGUAUUUUUAUUUCACAAGUCAGUGAGUGUAUACAAGGUAAGUACAGGAUUAUUCUAGUAGGAAUAGACGAUUGCUGUCAUGAUCAAUCCCUAUGUUGAUUUCAUUUCAUUGUAAAGAUAAAACCCAGUUUUGCUUAAGCACAUUGAUGUAAUUUUUUGGUAUUAUUUGACAUGAAAAAAAACAGCAAAAUUGAGUGAUAGAUACAAUAUGAAACUUGUUGAUGGAUGAAUUCAAAUUUAUUAAAAAAGGACUAACUGACUUAAACGUGAA